GACGUCGGUUGACUUUGCUUUAUUUUGAAAGUCUCUAUCGGACGUGUAUUGUUUUCUAUCUGGUCUCUUGACCGCCGGCGAGUCUUGGAAAGUCUUGAAUGUGACUUGGAGCGCAGUGAGUGGCGAUCAUGUCUGUGGUCACGCGCGGAUUGGAUUUACCUGGCUGCACUCUCUUUCCCAACUCCGUCUCCAUGAAAACGCAGUAACGCGGGGCCUCGGGAAUGGCCAAUUCGGGCGCCGUUCAGGUGAAACUCGAACUCGGCCACCGCGCCCAGUUCCGAAAGAAACCCACGGUGGAAGGCUUCACGCACGACUGGAUAGUGUUUGUCCGGGGCCCGGAGCACAGCAACAUUCAGCACUUUGUGGAGAAAGUUGUCUUUCACUUGCACGAGAGUUUCCCGAAACCAAAAAGAGUUUGCAAGGAUCCACCGUACAAAGUGGAGGAGUCGGGAUACGCCGGCUUCAUCUUGCCGAUUGAAGUUUACUUCAGGAAUAAGGAAGAGCCGAAGAAAGUCCGUUUCGACUACGACCUCUUCCUCCACCUGGAGGGCCACCCGCCUGUCAAUCAUCUCCGCUGCGAGAAACUCACCUUCAACAAUCCCACGGAAGAGUUUCGGCGCAAGCUCCUGCGAGCUGGCGGGCAACGGGAUCCGCACAAACGCACCUCGGAGGACUCGAAAGUGAUGGUCAUGCAGGAGGGCUCGACGUCCUUGUUUGGGCCGCACAUGAAGCUCCCGACGCUUCCCAACAGCUCCUUGCCGUCCGCCUUCUCUGAGCCAAGGAAGAGCAAAAGCUCCCAUGGGCCCAAGGACGGCUCCAAAGGAAGCGGCGUCAGCCUUCUGACCACGGCCACAACCGCCAGCAGCAACAGCAACAGCACCACCAGCUUCUCCAAACUGCACAAGCCUUCCAAGGAGCAGAAGGACAAGCCGUCAAAAGACUUGAAGGACUACAGAGACGCGUGCUGGGAGUCCGGCAAAGCCCCGAAAGAACCUUCCAGAAAACCCAAAGAGAACCAGCCGCUUCGGAAUAGCAACCCUAAAAUGGGAUUCAAGGAACCCAAGUCUUCAUCUCAUCGGGCCGAGGUGUCGCACCACGGAGCGAACAAGCGACUCUCCGCCCCCGACGGGGACAAUCAUGUCACCAAAAAACGCAAAAGGGGAUUCGGGGAUUUGUCCGGGAAGCAGACAUCCGGCUCCGACGCUCAACAUUCCGACAAGAAAGUUCUGAAGGACAGGCCACAAAGCGCUAAAAUGCAUCCAGAAGGUGACGACGCGGCGCACCGGAAGGCGUCGGCGCUUCCGCCGUUCCCCGAAGCGAUGGAACCCAACGAUUCCGACAUGGAGUCCACCAAGUCGGACUCCGAGCAGCCCAGCCCGGCCAGUUCCAGCUCCAGUUCCGGCUUUGCGCCCGCACGCCACAAACGCCAAGUGGUGGAUUUGAUUGUCAGAAAGCGGGUGGCUAUUCCUGACGCCACCCACACAGUACUCGGCCCGCUGCAGUCAGUGAUGCGGGACCUGCACUCGGACGAGCGCCGCGACGACAAUUCCGAGGACCAGGACGACCUGGACUUGGAUUCCGAGGCCGAGCGGCCGGCGCCCGCCCACGUCUCGCACCACCAGCGCAGGGUCAGUUUGAGCGACGGCAGCGAGAGUGACGAAUCCGCCCCCUCGCCGCCUUCACGCCACGACGCCCCGGCCUUAUUCAAGACCGCAAAUAACCAGGUGCUGGAUGUCAAGAGUCCCGGCAAGCAGGACAGAAGCAAAAAUCUCGAUUGUGACAAGGCCUACCUGGACGAGCUGGUGGAGCUGCACAAACGGCUGAUGACCUUGAGGGAAGGUCACAUCUUGCAACAGAUUGUCAACCUCAUCGAAGAGACGGGCCAUUUCCACAUCACAAACACCACUUUUGACUUUGACCUUUGCUCCUUGGACAGAAGCACAGUCAGGAAGCUCCAGAGUUACCUGGACACCUCCGGACCGUCCUGAAGUUGCGAGCGGCCGGCAGCCUCCUCUCCGGACGUGUCGGUCCAGCUCCGUGUUGCGCUUUGGGGGUCGUACCGGACGCGGUGUCCAAAGUGAAGAGAAGGGGGCGGGGCUUAUUCAGCCAUCCGAUCGCGCCCAGGAGCCUCCCCGAAUGUGGAGAAAUGUGGAGAUGAGAUGUGCGCGUGACGAUAGUUUCCGCGCACGUCUGUCUGGAAGCGCGCGGCGGCUUAUUUAUUGAAGUUCAAUUCGCCCGCGCCUGCGCGCGCGUGUUGCAAAAGAAAGGCGAGGCCUUUGUCGGAGCACUCGGCAGCGGGCGGAAUCCCACCGCAAAAUGCCGUGCCCGGCAGGUGUCGCGCAAUGCGCCAGCUCGUCUUCAAAGUCAUCAAGAAAACGCUCGCCAGGUCCGGCGGCGUUUUCCUUUUCGCAGUCGUCCGAGCGCCGUUUGGGCGAGUCGUGUCCAGGCUCGCGUUUCUUUUGGGGUGGACCAAAAUCUGCGACUGACGAGCUGCUCGGCGGCGCAAGGAAACCACGCCGGCAACGUGACGAGCGGUCAUGUCGAGCGCCAGCCGGGCUACUCGGGGGGGGGGGGGGGGGCCCGACGGCCGCUUCCCGUGCUUCUAUCCCGCUCGGCGGCAAGCGUGUCGACUGGCCGGACGAAAUGAUGCCGUUGCGGGGGUGUAUGAUGACCGGGAUAUUUAUUUUUCUUUGACUGGCAGCCGUGGCCUCCAGAGCUCAGCGUAGAAGGACAAAUGUCUUUGGUUUUUCGGCAUGUGGGGGGCCUUCAUCUUGGUUUCUUGCGUAUUUUGAGGACGUACAAUAAAUCUUCUGUAUGGUGCACAGAUGAGAUGA